ACAUUCGGUUCAUUUGAUCCAAUGUCGAAAAGAAUCCAGAACUAGUAUGAUAAUUAGAACUGAAUCUCCAAAAAUAAUUGAAUCUAAAGAACUAAAUUAGAGAAAGCCGUAAAAACACCUGGAAAAAAGUUACUCUAUCAGACACAUUUGAACCGUAAAUCUUAAAUCAAAUCCGAAAAUUAGUGAAUCGAAUGAUUAGAAAACUAGGAUAGGGUUUUAGAUUCGGACAGAGUAGGGAAUUUCUUGCAAGAAGAAGCAGAGAUCAGGAAUUGAUGGAGAACAAUAGCUGGGAGCAGACUCUGCAAGAUGGAAAACUCUAUCGGCACCUCAAUUCCCUAAUCGUCGCUCAUCUUCGCGACAGCAAUCUUACUCAGGCUGCAAGUGCUGUAGCUUCAGCAACUAUGACACCACUGAAUGUGGAAGCUCCACCCAACAAGCUUCUUGAGCUGGUUGCUAAGGGUCUUGCAGUGGAGAAAGAUGAUGUUUUCAAAGGGACUUUGUCGUCUCCUUUUUGCGACUUGGGUGCACCCGUGCUGCCGACUCAUCCUGGAGCUACCAUCAUUGAUUUCAGUGCUGUGCCAGAUAUAAAAGGCAUGUCUAAAAGCUUUCCAAAGCACGAGACACGACACCUUUCAGAGCACAAGAAUAUUGCCAGAUGUGCUAGAUUUAGUCCUGAUGGGAAGUUUGUUGCGACUGGUAGUGCAGAUACAUCAAUAAAGCUUUUUGAGGUUUCAAAGAUCAAGCAAAUGUUACUUCCGGAUGCAAAGGAUGGCCCUGUGCGGCCUGUAAUUCGAACAUUUUAUGACCACACACAACCAAUAAAUGAUCUGGAUUUUCAUCCACAAGGUACCAUCUUGGUUUCUGGAGCUAAAGAUCAAACAAUGAAGUUUUUUGAUAUUUCUAAGACCAAUGCAAAGAGAGCAUACAGGGUUAUACAGGAUACACACAAUGUUCGAUCUGUAUCGUUUCAUCCUUCUGGAGACUUUCUUCUCGCAGGAACUGAUCAUGCAAUUCCACAUUUGUAUGAUAUAAAUACCUUCCAGUGUUAUCUAUCAGCAAACAUUCCCGAGGUUGGCCCAAAUGGAGCCAUAAACCAGGUCAGAUAUUCUUGUACAGGUGCCAUGUAUGUUACGGCAUCUAAAGAUGGUGUUAUUCGGUUGUGGGAUGGCAUCACUGCUAAUUGUGUGCGCUCGAUAACUGGAGCACAUGGAACAGCUGAGGCUACAAGUGCAAUUUUUACAAAGGAUGAAAGGUUUGUGCUCUCCUGUGGUAAGGAUUCUACCAUAAAGCUUUGGGAAGUUGGUUCUGGAAGAUUAGUCAAACAAUAUCUGGGAGCCAUGCAUACACAGCUAAGAUGCCAGGCAAUUUUCAACGAGACAGAAGAGUUUAUUCUUUCCAUAGAUGAACUGAACAAUGAGAUCGUUAUCUGGGAUGCAAUGACAACAGAAAAAGUAGCAAAGUGGCCUUCUAAUCAUGUCGGCGCACCCCGCUGGAUCGAUCACUCGCCAACAGAGUCGGCUUUUAUUUCCUGUGGAACUGAUAGGUCAGUUAGGUUCUGGAAGGAAACUAUAUAAUGAAGUGUAAGGAAGAUGAAUGUAUUCACAUGCAUUAGUUAAAGGGAUCGCUGAAUGAAAAUUUACACAGAAAAUUGUUAUCAUAAA